AUGCCUCGAUGCGAAAGCAAUUUUGGUCAUGGUGGAUAUUGGAGUUAUUCGAGAUUCCCGACUAAACUGGAAAAUGCAAAAGAGAUAGUAAUUCGGAAAAUACAACGCAUUAUUACAAGCGAACCUGAUGAGCCUACUUUAGAGUGUGGUGAGAUCUGUAGCUAUAAAGUUAAGGACGAGGAGAAGGGGAAAUACUAUCCAUUUAUCCGGAAAAAUGUCAAGUGUGGUUCGAUGAUGAAACGUAUGGCACUCAAUCCAGCAACUCCAAAGGUACCACCAAAGAAAAUCCCUGCAGAAUUAUAUGAUGAGUUUACCCAAAAUGGGGAGCUUCCUAAUAAGAAUUAUUGGUACAUUAAUGACAAGAAGUCAAUAUCAAAGGUCAACAGAGAGAAAUAUUUUUCAAAGGAAGCAAUUGAACAACUAAUAAAGGAUGAUAGGGCUGGGAAGAUUAUUGGGACAUAUGAGGUACCUCAGCCUAAAAAGUCAAUUGACGCAUAUAAAGAUGAAAUAAGUAACAAGCGUGGAGUUGUGAUUGGAUCCCAAUCACCCUGGCUUGAAGCAUUGGCAUUAUCUGCUGGUGCAAAACACAUGACAACACUUGAAUACAACAAUAAUCCGUUCCUUCAUCCUAACAUAACCAAAAUCCACCCAUAUGAUAUGGCAAAAAAAUACGCAAAUGGUAGUUUUCAAGAGUUCGAUUUUGCAUUAUCGUAUUCAUCAAUUGAGCAUUCUGGAUUAGGUCGCUAUGGAGACCCUCUGAAUCCAUAUGGGGAUCUGGAAGCUGUUGCACAGGUUUGGUGCAUGCUCAAACCGGGGGGAUUAUUUAUUCUCGGACUUCCAGAGACACAUAAAGAGACAUCCUACUUGCAGUUUAAUGCUUUGAGGAGUCUGUCCAAAUAUGGCUCAAUAUGCACCCCCCGGACUCAGCUUCAGAUUGGAUUAUUCGCUAAAGACGCAAAACCCAUUGGUAUAAUUGAUGGAUCUCUGUUCAAGUACCAUCAAACUCCUAAUUAUUCAUUCUUUCAGUUUGUCUACAUCCCUGAUAGGCUAGUGAUCUUCAGAGACCAACUGUUCUAA